CUUCGGUGGGACAUGUGGUCCAACAAUCUCCCACCCGAGCAAGAUCAAUCGUGCACCAAGCUCAUGAACCUUAAAUUUGAACUCGUCAAAGAAGCAGAAGAGAACUUUGAAGCGGAGCUGCCAAUGCGACUAGGAAAUGAAGUAUUACGAAUCAAAUUUGUCUGUAAGCACACCCCAUGGUGUGACCGAUGCAGAUGGUGGUUUCAUAUUUCAACAGAUGGUUGUCCAAGAGCUGACGAAGAUGAUAGUGAAGAUCAAGCGGGUCAACACCGAACUGACAAUCAUCCCUCCAGACAACAACGAUCGAGUGGCGAUUGCCAUAUACGUGAUGCAGCGAGGGAAGUACCGAGUCAGGUUCAUGGCUCAAGAGAGGUGUUGCAUGCUGGGGAAGAGGGCUCGAAAGGCCGCAUUAAUAUGUGCGAGUCGAGCAUCCACAAUGAGGGUGCUGCCUCAUCUUCACAACCAAGACUGAGAGAUGAGCCAGCGGCAAUUCGUCAUAUUCCAGGAGCUGCUUCGCAGCAUCCACGUCAAUCAAUUACAUUGGGCACUGGUUUCCGACAGCAUGUGCCUGCCGGAGGUCUGUUGAGAUCGCAGGGUCCCGGAACUUAUCAAUAUGGCGUGCCGUACAACCCUUAUGGGAACUAUUUCGGACACAUGUACGGUAUAGGCGACGGGCCCAACCCAGCGGCGGCUGCCUCCAGACCCGUGGUAGCAGGACUUGGCGGCACAUUUACUGAAGAACCACGUGAUCGAGAAGUAGUGCGGCAACAACUGUCGGAGGCUAGAGCAUCCGGAAGAAGGACUAAUCUGGAUCCGUAUGUGCACGAGACAUCACAAGUAGAAGACGAGGCAGAAGCGGUAGAAGGUGAUGACGCUUCUGAAGCGUCAUCACAACUCCCACCUGAACGAGGCGAUGGCAUGGAAGCUUCACCACGGAAUAUCCAGUGAGUGUUCCAACAAUGGAUCAUGCAACCUCAGCAGAUGAAGAACAUAUGCUAUUACCUCUUGUCUGCGCUAUACAAGACCAGGAGAUCUUCGUUAUCACGCUAUUGGAUCGAGUCGAGAAUUUGUUGCUGCCUGCGUCUGGCAUUAAUGAAAUACAUAUGCUAUC